CAGUGAUGGCUAUGUUUGCUUUUGGUUCGCUAGUGCACAGUUCGUUUCGUGAAGAUCCUCCAGUGAAAUUGCGUGUUUUCCUAAUUGCACCUUUUGGGGAUCUGUGAGGCCUGCGUGUGUGGUGCUGGCUGAGUGUGUGGCGAUAGCGGCUCUGAAUUAUAUUGGUAGAGACGUGGAAAGAAAACGAGAACUUGGUCAUCCGUCUCCUACUACUGAGCUGAAAUGCCACCCGCUGAGAUAACGAGGCGACGUAUCUGGUGGCGGGCGGGGGAAGGGCGCACCGCAGAACACCCCCCGCCAGGAGAGGAAAGUUGGUUAUGGGACACCCGGAUGGAUAAGGUCAGGACAAGCACACAUGAGAAAGACAGCGGACGUAUAAAACCCGUCACUCUAUCACCUUCCCUCUCAAUACCUCCCUCGGCGCCUCCUUCAGGACACCAACGCCCUGCACAACACGACUGGAGGGUUCUAAUGCUUGGACGUGUGUUGGGGGAGGAGGGCGUGAGGAGGGAGCGCGGAUGUACCGUCAAUAGUCUACACAAGAACGAUCUCCAGGUAAACCGACUAAGCUUCUUAAGUCUGAUCCUGAAUACCGUCCCUUUGACCACCACUCGCCGCCCUCAGACAUGUCCCGCCCCUGCCUCCAAUCCCACCGACAAACUGAUACGUGUGGAUGUCAAAACAGGAUCAAAGCUACCGUCAAGAACUUCUGUUUUGCUGUUUAAACAUUUAAUAACUCCAUAAAUCUUGUUUGUCUCAUUUCCUGCGCUUUUUGUUCCAGUUCUCCUCAAAACAGACGUUCUUAUAUACGUCCCUGUCUUUUCAUUUAUUAAUUGUUUCUUAGAUAACUUCAUAAACACUUUAUCAUUUUUCCUGUAUUUUUCGUUCUCCUUGAUGCAG